UGUUUUUUUUUUUCUUCUUCUUGCUUUGUUGCUUUGCGUGUUUGGCGCCACUGACCACCACGAGAGCGAGGCAAACCCACCAACAACCAACGAACCGUGCACAGAAGCCAAACAACAACCACCAACAACAACCAACCACCACCAGUCUUCCACUGCACUCCAAACCAGACAUGGGUGACACGGCUGACGCGGCGACGACAGUAGCGACAACGAAGGCAGAGGUGCCGGCGGUUCCAGCGUCACAGAACGACGACCAAGAUUCCACGGCUGAGGCCAAGAAGGAGGUGCGCGUUGAUGGCGAGAACGGUCACGAUGAAAACGACAACAACAACGACGAUGACAAGAACGACAAGAACGACGACAGCAACAGUGAUGAGGAUGACGAUGAUGUGCCCCUGUUUGAGGCCAACUUGAUCGUUCAGGGCAAGCGGGAACGCAAGAAGCCGCAAAACCUGCUUGAGCAGCUGAGCAAGGAAGCCAAGACAAAGAAACCAAAACAGAACGAGCAAGGUCAGGGCAGCGCAGAGCCGCUGGGCAGCAACGAGGUCAUCGAGGCGUUCCUCACCAGGCACAAGGCCGACCAGCUCACGGAGAUCCACCGCUUCUUGUAUGGCAAGCCGGGCACCCGCAAUGCACGCAAGAAGAGUAUCCGCGAGUUCCGCGGCUUCCCGGAGGACAUGCCAGACAUGCUGCGCCAACGACGCCGCGACCAUCUUGCCAAGAAGCCUCUCAAGGUGCUCAAGGACCUGUGCCAAGGCCUGGACAUUUCCGUCACAGGCAAAAAGGACGAGAUCUUGGACACCAUCAUGGAGUGGGCCAGCAACCCCAAGCCCUCCGGCUCGGCCGCGGGGCUGAAGAAAAGAAAGAAGAAGGCCGCGCGCAAGGGGAGCACCAAGGGUAAACAGCAGAAGAAGGCACCUGCCUCGUCCCCGCGCACCACGUCCGCCAAGCGCAAGAGCACGGGCGCAGCCAAGGAGCCGCUGUCUGCGUUUCAGCUGUUUCUCAAGGACUCCAUCGCCGCCUACCGCCGCGACAACCCGGAGGCGAGCAUCGUGGAGACGAACCAGGCCCUGCGCAGCAAGUGGGACGGCAUGGCGAGCGACGAGCGCCAGGCGUACGAGGACGCGGCCGCACUGGAGCGGCGGCUGGCCGAGGAGGCAAGCGAGUCACCAGCGAAGAAGAGCAAGGCCACGACGCCAGCCAGCAAGCGCGGGAGGAAGGCGGUGUCAACCAAGGGCAAGCGCAGCGGUGGCCCUGGCGGCAAGAAGGCGGGCGGAAGGAAGGCAAGCACAACGAAGGGCAUUCGCAGCACGCUCUCCAAUGAGCAGGUGGUGAGCGAUGACAGUGAUGUGGGUGAGGAGGAAGAAGAGGACGAGAAGAAGCAGACCAAGGAAACAAAGUCCAUGGACGAGGAAGAAGAUGGUGAUGCUGAGGGCGAUGAUGAUGAGGACGAUGAUGAUGAGGACGAUGAUGAUGAGGGUGACGAUGGGCAAGAAGCCAAGGAGACAAAGCAGGCUGGCAAGAAGCAGCAAGCAAAGGCGAUCAGUGAUGAUGAAGACGAGGAGGAGGACGAAGACGAAGACGAAGACGAUGGUGGCGAUGGUGAUGGCGGCAGCUCACCCACCGACAAGCACAUCCGUGAUGCGGUGUUUGAAACGCUGAAGGGCCAUGAUCUCUCCACCAUGACGAAGAAGAAGGUCAAAGCAGCCAUUUCCGACAAGUUUCCAAACGUUGACUUGACGGACAAGACCGACGUCAUUGUCGCCGCCAUCACCGACUAUGUCAACGAACACAGCGCCUGAUGUGCGCGCGUGUGCACCCAUGUGUUGUGUGUGUUGCGUGGGGUGUGUCUGUGUGUCUGUGUGUCUGUGUGACUGUGUGUGUGUGUGUGUGUGUGUGUGUUGUGUGUGUCUGUGUCUGUGUCGCUUGCACUUCUCGUCCUCUUGUGUGUGAUUCGCACUGCAUUUCUUCCUGCUUGCUUGGUUUGCGCGCGCGCGCGUGUGUGUAUGGUUUUACGUGUAACCCGCAUCAAGGCUGAGAUGCUCUGCUCUGUACAAGCAACUUCGACACGCGCACGCAAUGCCAUACAACCAGCAAUAACACGCAUUGCAUUGAAUUGCAAUGCAAUGCGUACAGGCAAUCAGGAAAUAGGGAUGAAGCGCAACAACAAGGGGGAACACAGAAUAAC